AUCUUCCUUCCUGGCGGACACUCCGGGCGACGGUAUCUCCGCCCCACUGCGCAGGCGCUGCCGAGGGCGCAGGCGCAGGGGCUGGCGAGGCGGGCUGCGGGCGGGCCCGGACUCACUCUUUCCAGAUCCAGCCGCGACAUGGCCACCGCUUUUCUAAGGAAAGUGGUUUCCGCCGUGGGCCCCCUGCUGCACCUGGGUGGCCUCCCGCUCUCCUCUCUCGCGCCGUGCCACCCGCGCGCCUGCCGUCAGGUCGGUGCGCCCCCCAGCCCGGCGGCCGCGCUCCUCUCCGCGCGCCUGGUACUCGGCCUGCAGCAGCCAGCCCUGGGCUUCAAGACCAAGGGCGUCCUCAAGAAGCGGUGCAAGGGCUGCUACCUGGUCAAGAGGCGCGGGCGUUGGUUCGUCUACUGCAAGACCAACCCGAAGCACAAGCAGAGACAAAUGUAGCCCUCGGGCUGGGAAAUCCCUGCCCGGGAGACGGUGCUGCCUCGUCGAAAGGAAAAUAACAAGUAGCCUCCGUUCUGCUGACCUUCGGGUGUUGUGGACUCUGCGGCCUGCGUCUCUCCUCCUUGUGGCUCAGGAUCCAGCCAAGCCUGAGACCCACCUGGGAACGUGUCCUUCUCAGCUCCUGCGCAACCUGUGUUUGCGCUCGGGCAGAGGACCGAACAUCGGAGGGAGGGAAAGCUGGCUUUAUCCCACGUCAGAAUGCAGGUUCUUUAGAACACCACCUGUGCGUCGGCUCUUUCUCGGCCCUGUCUCUGCGUUCAGCCACACUGCUGCUUCCCUGUGGAUUCAGACACGUGUUCUCAACAUUCCCAUCUCCAGGAUAAGCAGGGAAGGCCGUGAUAGCAGUCUUUAAGUCAAGAGAAAUUUAACUUGUUUAUACAUAUAUAAAGGUAUUUUGGGCAUUGAUUAAAUAUGUUUGUCAUCCUUAGUCUGAGACUUGAGAAGUGUGUGCGCACACGUGUGUCCAUGGGUGCAGUGUGCAUGCAUGUGUGAACUGUGUGCAGUGUAUGCAUGGGUGCAGUGUGUGUGUGCGUGCACACGUGUGUGUGCAGUGGGUAUGAGCUGCUGCUGUGGACUCUGCAGACUGUGACCUGGAGCCAGUGGUACGCAGUGUCCUGGUGUCGCCUGUCACGGGGUCACAGCCUGAUGAGUUUUUGAAUCAUCCUUCUCUCCUGGGCUUAUCAGCCUCUGUUUGAUCUAAGAUAAGAGCAUGACCAAACCCCUUGCAGCUCAUCUACUUCCCGAUACCUGGAUGGCCCAGCAUUUAGAGCCCCGAGAUUGCAGCACAACA